AUGUUCGGCAGUACAGGAUUUGGCUCAUUGGCUGAGAGUGAUUACCUGAAGCAGGGCUUAAGUCCUGCUUACGAACUUCUGGCUCUAAAAGUCACUAUUCCCACAAACUGCGCCUUCUCCCGCCACAUCUGUUGUUUUGGUUGCAGUUCUAGAAUACAGAUGGAGAUCACCAGAAAAGUGAUUUCUGGAUACUCUUUUGGGAAAACCGUGCUGCAUGUGGUGGCUGUUCAAAAAUUGAGAAAAGGAAUAAGCUACUGCCCCAGGAGAUUCCAAGUCACAGAUGUACAAAACCUGUUGAGUGAUAUUUUUGUCCAAGAAGAAAUUUCGACUUCCACAAAAGCAUUUGUUGCACCAAAGUAUAAAUUGCUUGGUACGAAAGAAUGCACUAUGAGAGAUCAUCAGAAUAAGUGCAUGACUUUGCAUCAGAACCCAGAGGGUGCCCAGCUUGUGGCCAUUUACCUAAACGGAGUAAACAUCCAGAGAGAAGAAAAGAUAAGCAUGUCUUUCUACAUUGCUCGGAAUUUGGAUAUCAGCGAAAAGCGGCCUGUUGCUUUAGGACUAGGGGGAAAGAACCUCUACUUGUCAUGCAGCCUCGAAGAUAGUGAACCUCAACUACAUUUAGAAAGCAUCAACAACAUUAGAGGAGUAAAAGAUGAAGAAUUGGCACGAUUUAUUUUCUUGAAGUCUGAAAAUGUUUCAACAUCCAGCUUUGAGUCUGCAGCUUAUCCCGGCUGGUAUAUCAGCACUUCUCAAGCUGAAAACAGUUUGGUCGCAGUGAAGCCUGAAGUUGAUCAAAGAUAUAUCAGAGAAUUCUUAGUCCUUCCUUAA